GCCUGGGCUCUCAUUGUCAACUUGGCCCUUUGAACGAUCCUUCACCGAGGGUGGACGUUUACAGCAAAACAACCACCUCCGACUCAUUUCUCCUCGACUCCUCUUCUUUAUAAGCCACCCAACCACACUACACAAAACCUCCUCCUCCUCCUUCUUUCCAUCUUUUUCUUGACUCUUGGUUUUAACGCUUGUUAAAUGGCUGAGGAUCACGUUCCAUGCAAGUCUCGUUUGUUUCAUUUCUCUUAAAAGUUGUUGCUUUCUUGGUUGAUCAAUACUGUGUUUCUUGUUUCUUUUUUUUCGUGUUCUUUUCAAUGAUUUUUUAUCUGGGCUUGAGCAGGUUUUGUGUUUUUCUCUCCCCUUUUUUUUUUAAUCUUUGUGUGUAUGAUUCUUGAUGUUGGGUUUCUUGUUUUAUCUUUAAUAGAUCUUUCUUUACGCCUCUUUAGUUUGUUCUCUGUGUUUUUAGUCUUGUAGAAAGAUCUUCUUUUUUUAUCUUGUUCAAUGAAGUUGGUAUAUACUAUCUUAUAGUGCUUUACAGGGGCCACCUCUGAAAAUGAUAGGAUUGAAUUUUUUAAUUUAUCAAUGAGUAUUGAUUUGUGAUCUAAUCAAGAUUGCAACUUUGUGUUAAAUUACAGCCAGUUAGAAUUAUUUCAAUUUGAAUCUGAUUUAAAGAGAAUUUCUAUCCAUGGGAAUAGCAUAGGGAGUUAUGGUGUUACUAUUGGCUCCAAUUUGGCGAGUGUUAUUGCAUUUAUUUAUAUGUGGAUUGUUCUGAUAUCAAGCAAUUGGAAAUGUGUAGGUGAUUCUAAUGAUCAUGCAUCGAAUAUGAAAGGAGCGAACGACUCGCUAGUUGUUUGUUUUGGGGAAAUAUUGAUCGACUUUGUACCGACAGUUGCUGGGGUUUCACUAGCUGAAGCACCUGCUUUCAAGAAGGCUCCUGGUGGUGCUCCUGCUAAUGUGGCUGUUGGUAUAUCAAGACUAGGUGGUUCAUCAGCUUUUAUGGGCAAGCUUGGUGAUGAUGAAUUUGGGUAUAUGCUAUCUGACAUUUUGAAACAAAACAACGUGGAUAAUUCCGGCGUGCGAUUUGAUUCUACUGCAAGGACUGCUCUGGCAUUUGUUACGCUCAAAGAUGAUGGUGAACGUGAAUUCUUGUUUUUCCGUCAUCCAAGUGCAGACAUGCUUCUUCGAGAAUCAGAAUUAGACAUAAACCUCCUUGAGCAGGCCAGGAUCUUUCAUUAUGGAUCAAUUAGUUUGAUUUCAGAACCUUGCAGGUCAAGUCAAUUUGCAGCAAUGAGAAUUGCCAAAAAGUCUGGCAGCAUCCUUUCUUAUGAUCCAAAUUUGAGAUUGGCAUUAUGGCCAUCAGCAGAGGCUGCUCGGGAAGGCAUAAUGAGUAUAUGGGAUCAAGCUGAUGUUAUUAAGAUAAGUGAGGAAGAAAUAACAUUCUUAACUGGAUGUGAUGAUCCUAAUGAUGAUAAAGUGGUCUUGGACAAGCUUUUUCAUCCCAAUCUGAAGCUUUUGAUUGUAACUGAAGGGUCAAAGGGUUGUCGAUAUUACACAAAGGAAUUCACAGGCCGGGUUCCUGGUGUUAAGGUGAAACCCGUUGACACAACUGGUGCGGGGGAUGCUUUUGUUGGUGGGAUGUUGAGCAACCUGGCUUCUAACCUAAAUCUAUUUGAGGAUGAGAAGCUAUUAAGAGAAGCUCUUCUAUUUGCAAAUGCCUGCGGUGCUGUGACAGUAACAGAGAGAGGUGCUAUCCCUGCACUACCCACGAAAGAUGCUGUCCUUGAACUCUUAGGGAAAGUCCCUGCAUGAUGAAAAGCUUAGACAUAAAUCAGUCCUUGACGUUCUCUCUUGUAUUAAGUUGUAGCCGUUCGAAUUCGUUGCAUAGCACCUAGGGAUUUUGCUUGCUGUAUUUCUCUUCCACGCCCAUGAACCCAAAAGGUUGUAAUAGAUUAGGUUAUUUAAUAAAAUCAAUGACCUCAAAUCUUGUCUCAA